AUGUACAUACCAUUAUCGGAAUUGAGUCAAGAGCUUGACAUCUUAAGAAAGGUCACCGAAAUGGAAGUAACUUUGACCUUGGGACAACUAUUUAAGUGGUCUCCGAAAGCCAGGUCCGAAAUUUUAAAAGCAUUAACACGUAAAAAAAAAGAGAAUGAUGUCAUGAUGUUAGAUACGAACGUGAGCAUUGUUCGUACAGUUCAGACAAGGAGUAUAAAAAAGGAUGGUGAUGUGCCUAUGGGCGUAGUAACUAUUAAUGGAGAAAAAACUAACACUCCAAUCGAUCCGAGAUCACGAUUAAAUUUAAUGCACGAGAAAUAUGCAAAAGGAAAAGGAUUGACCUGGAGAUCAGUUAAUGGAAAAGGAAGGAUGGCUGAUGAUAGUGUUAGUAAUUUUCUGGGAUACAUACCAAAUGUAGAGGUUGAUGCCGAAGGAGUGAAAGUUACACAAGGGUUUUAUGUUAUGGGAUCUGCCAGUUUUGACGUAUUGCUAGGAAUUCUAUGGAUUGCUGCAGCAAAAUGUGAUUUAAAGUAUAAAGAGGUAUCAUUUGUCACCACAACCGUACCGGAAAGUUGGACAAGGCCUUGGAAUAAUGAGGACGAUGAAUUCGAAAGUGAUGAUGAAGGUGAUGAUUUGGAUGUGCUAUCAAUUCGAAGGAUUCAAAUAGACAAACCUAAAAUAGAAAAGAUGGAUGCAAAGUAUAAAGAAAUAAUAAUCAAAGCCAAUAAUAGUAAUCAAUUACUGCUAGAAGAAUUAACACCAAUUAAUGACGACCGACUUGAAGGGACUAAGCAUCGUGGCCAGGUCAUUUAUUGGAAUGCUGAUCAAGAAAAUAGAGGAGUCAUUAAUGUCGGAGGUCUGGAAUUAGUUAUGCGGCUCACGGUAGAAAAUAACAAUAGGUUGGACAUUAAUCCUGAAAUACCGAUAAAAAGUAGGAAUUAUUUGAUAAAUCAGUUGAUUAAUGUAGUUCCGGAUGUAUUCGCCUUUGGACUUUCCGAAAUAGGAAAAACGAGUUUAAUUGAGUAUGAAGUACGUACCGGAGGAAAAGUAAUACCAGAAACCCGAAUGAGGCCAAUUCGUAUCAAUAAUCCUGAACGAGUGAUGCUAUUUGAAAAUCAACUUCGGGAGAUAGUAAAAUACGUAAAAAAGAAAGAAGGUGGAACGGAUCAGUUAAGAGUUGUAGGAGAUAUGAGACCUUUGAACAAAUAUAUAAUGAAAGAUAGUUACCUACUGCCAAUGAUUCGUGAUAUUAUAGAAAAGGCAGUAGGGCAUGAUUGGUACUCCUCAGUUGAUGCGUACAAGGGUUAUUGGCAAAUCCAAAUACGAGAAGAAAAUAGAGAUAAGGUUGCCGUCACGACGCCCAUUGGACUCAUGAGGUAUACGGUUAUGUGUAUGGGCUUAAAGAACACUAGUGAGACAUUUCAACGUUUAAUGGAUAUAGUCUUAGAAGGAGAUGAGUGGCGCAACAUUACUGCAGCUUAUCAGGAUGAUGUGGGGUUAUGGACAGAUGGUUCAGUUCAAGAUCAUAUCGAUGCAUUCAUAAAGUUGGCACAUAAAUUCAAGAAUGUUGAAUUGACUUUUGCAGCAAAGAAAUGCCACUUGCUAUAUAGAGAAUUAUGCAUGUAUAGUAAAGUGGCGAAACCACUUACCGAUCUCACAAAACAAAAUGUUGGCUAUCAUUGGAAAAGCAAGCAAGAACAAUCAUUUCAAGAACUAAAGAGACUGUUGGUAGAUAAUGUUAUGUUAAAGGCACCUGAUUGGCAGAAAGCCAAAAGUGGAGAACGCCUCUAUCAAAUGUAUACAGAUGCCUGUGACGUGUCUCUAGAAGUGGUCCUAGAACAAAAGGACAGUAAUAAUCAAUUGCGACCAGUGUUAUUUGAAUCACGCAAAUUGAAUGAACAUGAAGUUAAUUACACUAUUACGGAAAAGGAGUGUUUAGACCACUAUGCGUUAGAAUGGUUAUUCAAUAAGGCAAUGCUAAAGGGACGGCUUAUGCGGUGGGUUUUGGCACUACAAACCUUUGAUUUUCAGGUACGUUAUAAGCCAGGUAAAUUGCAUGGCAAUGCAGAUGAAAUCUCAAGAUAUUCGAAUUCUCUGGUACAACAACGUUUAAUGAAUGAUGAGUAUAUAGAAAAUCUAUUAAUGAGUGUAAAUAUGGAAGAUCAAAAGUCGACUGCGAAUGGGAAGCCUUCAAGACGUGUAAUUUUUGACAUUGAGGAGAAAAGAAAGAUUGUAAUAGUUAAUUAUGAAGGAAUUGCUGGGGAAGGUGAACAUCGAGAGAUUAAUAGUUGUGUCAGAAAAAUUUUGAUGAACUAUGAAUGGGCGUCAGGCCCAAUGCACCGUACUAGUGCUGGUCAUGAGCAUAUUGUAGUCGCAGUAGAAGAUCUGACUGGUUUCAUUGAAGCUCAGACGCUUAAAAGAAAAAAUGCGAAAAGUAUCGCCCAAUUUAUCUGA